ACACUCUAACUCCAAUAUAAGCCACUGUGAAGAUCAAUAUUAAGAAGCUCCAUGAAAUUUAAAACAGAAACAUCCCUCUCUAAUCAUUCACCUUCAAAGAGGAGUCCCUCGGGGGACUCCUUCUCAUUUCCGAGCACCCCAAAUCAAGAGGAUUCCGACUUUGAGUUCGGGUCUCUAACUCCUAACUCACCCUCCUGCACUACAUCACCGGCCGACCAAAUUUUCUUUAACGGACGCCUCCAACCACAUUCAUUCCCUCUCAACCAUGUUACCACUAGCCGAACCAGCAGCAAGGACUCAUUGCUUUCGUCCCGAAGCAACAGCACCAACAGCAGCUGCAGCAGUGCUAGGACAAGCUCUAGUGAUAGCUCCGAACGAAAACUUUUCCACAACAGAUCAAAGCUUUCUUCUAGAUCUGUUUCUCGUCCUGUUCAACAGUCACAUGGAUGUUCCCAAAGGCGGCAAUAUAUAACCCCUGUGCCUGUGGCUUUGAACCGUGAUGCUUCCAAGAGAAGAAAACAAAAACGGGCGAAAAGGGAGGCGAAGAAGAAGAUGAAGAAGAGGGUGUCGUUGAGGUUUGUGCGGAGAAUUUUAGGGUGGUUUUUCAUUGCUUGUAGACAAUGCCAUGCCAUGGAACCAUCCAAAGCACAAAAUAAAGGGAUAAAUAAUUCUUGUAUUACCGAUGCUUAAUUAAUUUGUGCGUGUGGUUAGUUACCACAAUGAAUUGUUUGUUUAUUUUGUUGUGGUGCAAAACAAAUAAAAAUUGAUUUGCUAUGAUGCAAUGUUAUCCAAG